AGUCACAGUGUGAGAGGAGGACGCCACGAUGAUGAAGUUCAGGACGCAACUCAAAGUGGAGGUUUGGAGGAGAAUACUUCCGUGAUUGGAAACUUUUACGGACGAAGGGGGAGAAAAAAAAAAAGAACAAAAAAAAAAGAAAACAUGGACUUUUGACUUCACGUUGUAGAUCAUCCAUUUUUUUGGGCAACCGCAUAUCGUUACGCAGGAGAUUGAAAACACAACUUACAAAUAACGGAAAAUCUCACCACAACCAUCGGGAUGUUGAGAUGAGAGCAGUAACUCCAACAGGUCCUUAAUAGGCUCUAAGAUGCCAGUUGUGACAUUGCCUGUUUGACUAGCCUCACCUCCUUCUGCUGUGUCCAGUGCUGUGGCGCCCUCUACUGUGUGACCCAGGAAGGCCAGGAGGGACGGGCAGAAUGGGGAACACACUGGAGGAGGGGAUGAACCCUGUCAUCGUCAACCACUACAACCACUCGGGGAAGUGGGACCGGCCUCGCAGCAGCGGGGCCUGUAAGAUGGCCCUGCUGCUCUUCAUCUGCGUGCUGAUUGUUCUGGAGAACGUCACGGUCCUGCUCGCUCUCUGGAGGAACAAGCGCUUCCACAGCCGCAUGUAUUUCCUCAUUGGGAACCUGGCGCUGUCGGACCUGCUGGCAGGCGUGGCCUACGUGGUCAACAUCUUCACCUCGGGGAGCAACACCUACUUCCUGACGCCGGUGCAGUGGCUGGCCCGAGAAGGGAGCAUGUUCGUGGCCCUCAGCGCAUCCACGUUCAGCCUUCUGGCCAUUGGGAUUGAGAGGCACAUGACUAUGGUGCGUUUGCGUCCUUGCGAGACGGCAGGUCGAGGGAGACUUCUUGGACUUCUGGUGGCUUGCUGGCUGGUGUCAGUGCUGCUCAGUGCCCUGCCCAGCCUGGGCUGGAACUGCCUGAACAACCUGGCCUCCUGCUCCACGGUGCUGCCGCUCUAUGCUAAGAGUUACGUGGCCUUCUGCAUCAGCGUGUUCAGCGCCCUGUUGGUGGCCAUCAUCAUCCUCUACAUCAGGAUUUACCGCCUGGUGACCUCCAGCGGCCGCAGGGUGAGCAGCCGGCCUUCAGAGCGCUCGCUGGCCCUGCUGCGAACAGUGGUCAUUGUUCUUGGAGUGUUUGUCAUGUGCUGGACCCCCCUCUUCCUCCUGCUGCUGCUGGAUGUUGGCUGCAGCCCGGAUAAGUGCCCCGUGCUCUACCAGGUGGACUGGUUUAUCGCCCUGGCUGUGCUCAACUCUGCCCUCAACCCUCUGAUAUACACUCUGUCCAGCAGGGAGAUGAGGGUGGCGUUCUUCAGGCUGCUGUGCUGCUGUCAGACCAGCAUGGAGCACACUGGGACUCCCGUGCAGGGCAACCCUAAUAUGGGCACGGUCAUCCCCACAGCGGAGAACAGCAAGACCAGUGCAGGAGGGGGCAGUGGGGUUGGCAAGUCCACACUGAAUAGAGGGAAGGUUCCCCCACCUAUUAACUCUGACAACAAACAUGGAGACCCCUCAGCCACUGCUGUGCCCCUUCACUCCGGACCUGCAGACCUGCUCUCAGCUGUGCUGGUGAAGGCGGGGGCGCUGCCGACCCUCAGCAAGUUCUGAGUGGAAGCACCUUAAUGAGGCUUUGCAGUCACAAAGAAGUAGACAUGGAACUGAAAUAGUCCUGCUUCAGCCACUUUUUGUUUAUGCACUAUGGACAGUGUAGCAAUGGAUGAUAUUCAGUUGGAACAAUAUUCAUGAAGAUGAGAGUACAAUCAAAAUCACUUAAAGCCACUAUUAACAACAACUCAACAAUAUUAGACACAACACCGGAGUUACUGAUAUGUUGUGUUUGUCUUACAGUAUGAUUAAUGUUCAAUGUUUCACAUUUUACUAUGAAAUACAAUAGGACAAUUUCAUAGAAAUGGAUUAAAACAAGCCCCAAAUUUAAUAUAUUGUCUUAAUUCAUAACUGACACAAGACUUUGUAAUGCAUAGUAAAAAAAACAUUGAUUAACACUAUUAGUGUUAUGUCUGUCAAUGGUUUUAUUUGAAUGUGCCAUUACAAGCAAUGAAGAUCAAAUUGGGGCACUUUUUUUGCAUGUGCUAUAUGCAAGUACUCUUAAAGCACCUGCAUUUUUCCAUCACAAUUUGACUUGGUAAACUAUUUAUUUUCUGUGAAAACAAUUGCCUUCUUAAUACUAUUGGUAUACCUGUUUGAAAUUGUUUGUGUGCAUAGAAAACACCACGGUACUAGGAAUUAAUUAUUGAUUUUUUUAUGAAUUGAGAUGCACUGUGAGAGAAAACAAGACAAAAAGUUUGUUCCUCAGACUAGCGGCCUAAUGAGGCUGUGAUACUCAUUACACACACCAGAAAUCAAAAGUGAUGUAUGAAUGAAUAAUGACAGCAACAUUGCUAUUGUUAGAUUCUUACCACUAGUGGGCAAGGGCGUAGAGAUUGUCCUCACGGUGGUGCUACAGGAAAAAUUCUAAUACGUAGGGUUCCACUUCUGUAUGGUGGCCAUUUUUGGACAAUCCAGGCUCAGUUCUACAUCAGCAGAACUGACUCAUAUUUCAUCACUCUAAGCUCUACUGUGUCAGCGUCAGCUGGACAUUUUUGCUUCUGAUCAGCUCGAAUAGAAACCACUCACACACGUCAACUAACCACUAGUGAAUAAGAGUGUUGGAUGUGAAUUAUUUAAUGCUGGUAGACUGUAAAUAACAUUUCUGCCUAGGGUGGUGUAGUGCCUGAUACCAUUA